GGGAUGGAGCAGCACAUGGUGGGCGUCAAGGAGUGGGUGAUCAAGGUACUCAACAUGGUGUGUCUCAAGGGCCACGGCGCGGCCCAACGCGUUCUCAGCCUCUCCUAUGCCAAGGAGGUGGGCACAGCGCAUGGGCCGAUAGAGAGACAUCAGAGAGAAGGAGAGGAGGCUCUGCACAUAUUCAAGUAUCGAUGUACUUCUCUCUCUCUCUCUCUCUCUCUCUCUCUCUCUUGUCUCUGUUCGUCAGCAUUUGACGAAGCCUGUCGCGUCUCUGCCCGAUCUGGAGGCCUUCCUGCCCCGGUUCCCGUCACUCUUCACCCUCACCCGUUCGCCCAAGGGCGAGGACCAGCUCACCGUGCAGAAGCAGACGGGCGACCUCAAUCGCCCCUCCAUCCCCCUCCCGGCCUCCGCACGGACCGGCCCACCGCGCCGCGCCUUCCUGCUCGCAACAAUGCUCGACAUCGUCACAGCCGAGGGAGGACAGAUGCCUGUCGACAGGCUGCUGAGGGCGUGUGGGUAUUUGGCCCGCAAGCAGGAGCUGCUGGACGAGCUCGGCCAUCGUCUGGUCCGCGAUCGUGUGUGGCGAGUGAGCAGUGCGGGCAGCAGCCGCGUCUCCUUGUGCCGCCAAGACAUCCACUUCGACCGUAUCAUGCAACAGGUAAGAAGGGAAGGUGCACACCCAACGACAGCGACGGAUUAGCAGGAGGAAACGACUGGUGUCCACACACAGGCUGAUGGGGUGGCAUCGUACCAGCAGCGCAUCCCAGACGAGAGCGAGCUGCUGGUAGGAUGCAAGCGGUACCAGCAAUCGCUGGCCGAGUGGAUGAGGGCGGCCGUCACACUCCUGCUCAGCAAGGGCAACAGCAUGCCCCUGAGCGCCAUCAACACUGAGGCCAGCCUCCAAACACCCGACUCCCCCCUGCCGCCCAACGACACCCUCUUCCUCAUGUACCCCUGGAUCUUCAGCACCACCACAGACGACGCGGCCAACGACACCAUUGUCACACUCCACUCACGCUACCAGAUCGGAGGCAACAAAGGCGAGCAGCAACAGCCCCAGCCCCAGCCCCAGCAGCAGCAGCAGCAGCAGCAGCAGGACGGGCAGCAGCAGAAGCACCACGAAGAGCAGCAGCAGCAGCAUCAUGGUAGUCAAGACGAGGACGACGCCGACUUCAACGAGCUGUGGUACGGGCCGGGUGUGCAGAGGGAGGACAUCGCUGCCCCCCUCCCCCCCGCUGACGACAACGCCAACGUCGCCCGGGCCUUCACGCCUGGUGUGCAGCCGCUGCUCGCCGGCCCGCCGGUGGCAGCCGACGACACCGAGAUGCUGCCGGAGGGUCAGGGCGAGGGUGGGGGUGGGGAGGGCGACGAGGCGAUGGGGGAGGUGGGUGCCGACCAUGGUGACUCGUCGGAUGACUUGGGCCAGUCGCCGAGGCUGCAUCAGCCUGACGAGACCACGGUUCAGUCGCUGGAGAAGAAGCGGCAGGAGGUGGCCAUCCUCCAGCUGGCCGUGCAGCAGCUGCAGCGGACGCAGGCCGACAACGACAAGAAGUGAGCCAGCUGGGGAGGGAGGAAUGACAAACCGGAGCAAGGAAGGAAUGUGUGCGUUCGUUUCUCCCUCUGUGUGUGCUGUUGAAUUGGGCCGGCCAGGAUUAAAGCGCUGGAGCGUGACAAGCGGGCGGCGGAGGACAAGGCAGUUGAGGCGCAGAAGGAGUGAGCUGACACACAACCAACACAGAGACAUCACAUGAAUCUCUCCAUGCAUCGUAUGUCAUUGCAUCUGUUGUGUCAAUUGGUGGGUCUGCGCGCAGGAUAGAGAAGUACAAGAAGAUCGCAGCCACGGCGCAUGGCGCAGAGCAGAAAACGCGCGAGCUCGAGAAACAGUGAGCUGACAUGACAACGGACAGACAGACAGCGACGCCGCACAAUAAAUAACACAGUCAGUCGAUGGACGCCUGUUGCUCCCUGCCCUGUCUGUCUGCUCAUCUCUCCUUAGGUUGUGUGAGGCGCAGAGCCGCUACGACGCGGCGUGGGACGACCCUGCCGGUGCUGCUUGGACGAAACAGAAAUACGUCUACCUCAAGCGAGCACUGCAGGAGCUCGAGCGGCCUGUGCGGCAGACCAAGGGCCUCACCGACAAACUGACCUGCAGCAUCUGCAAAAUCAGACUGGUACCUGAGAACUUACAGGCCGAUAGCAAAUGUCCGCCUCCCCUUACCAGUGGUGGUGUGUGUGUGUGUGUGUGCAGUGGGACCAUGUCCUCCAGCCGUGUGGCCACGUGGUGUGCGGCACCUGUGUGCCGUCGAAGAGGAGCCCCUGCCCCGUGUGCCACAGACCCGUCAAGCGCUCAGCCAAGAUGACCCUUCCCUACACCACCGACGACCUGCCAACGGUGCCCAAUGGCGCGUACGAGUAUGCAGUCGAUCAGGGGCGCAGGGCAAAGAGGGACGGGCCACCAGCCCAUCAUGGCGCAUUUCCAUCGCUCCUUGCGAGCACCUCUCGGCCCAGCAAGCGCCCCCGUGAGCCCUCAGUGACGGCAGAUGGCGAGGCGGAGGAGGCGGUGGGUGUGGUGGGUGAUGGCGGCAAGGACAAGAAGGUGGGGAGCCCCCAGGCGGCCGCGAAGGCUGCCCCCAGCAAGCCGCAAAUGCAGCGGAUCAAAAGAAAGAAGACCAGUUCUACCCUGACCACGUGACAUUCCUUGUGUGUAUGUAUGGGUCGGUGUGAGUGGGUGACAGACAUGCCUAUAGAUAGGCACACAGAAAUACAUACAGCUACCUCAACCAACCGAGGCAGACAGACCAGGCAGCGAGCGAGGGGAGAGGGAGGGCGGAGGGUGAGGGAUGUUUGCUGAUGGGCGGGUGGGUGGGUGGGAUGGCUUCGGUAGGUGUCGUCUGUGCAUGUAUUGACGGAUACAUACAUGUACAUGUGUUUGCGGUGCGGUGCGGUGUGCCUGCAUGGGAUGGGUGCUUUAUAGAAAGGGUCUCUGCUCGUGUGUUUCUUGUUGUUGCUGGUCGGUGGGUGGCGAAAGUGUCGUGUGUGGGGUGGGUGGACGUUGAGCGAGCAAGGGGGAGGGCAAGUGUAGCACACGGCUUGGGCACAUCCAUCUCGACAGAGACGGCCCCGCCGAACCAUCUUUUCGGCAUGCAGGAGUCAGGUGUGUUGCAUGUGUGGCUUGAAUGAGGCAUGAUUAGCAGCGGGGAGAGAGGAUUUUUGUCACCCUGCACAGACAGGUGCAGGUUUGUGGUGGGUGGUCGAUUCUCUGUUGUUGCCGGCGGCCGGCCUCCCUGUCUGUCUGUCUAUCUGUCUGUCUGUCUGUCCAUCUGUCUUCAUUCCCUACCUUGCUGUCUGUACCAGUAGAGCAAUUUUUUUGCCCCCCUCUGGCUGUCUCUCUGUCAAUUCCCUGUCUGCGAUGGAAGGAAGCCAUCCAUCCAGCUUGGCAUCCCUCGUCUGCGGGCUGUCUAUCGGACAGCCCGUCUCUCUUUUUCUCUUGCCUGAGUGCACCCUAUGUCCUUAUACACACACGCUUGCCUUGCGUGCAUGGAGUGGAGUGGGUGUGUUGAUCAUUCUUUAUCUAAUUCGUGUGUCCCUGCCUGUCUGUCUGCCUGCCGAUCUGCGGCAGCCAGGCCAGCCAGCCUGUAUAUGUGUGUAUCUGUGUAUCUAUUUGUUCUUGUAUGCCACACGGUCGAUCGCUGAAGAGGGAAAACACACAUACAUACAUGCAUCGGAUGGAUGGGCGACAUAUCGCUGUCUCAGUGUGAUCGCAUCUCUCUCGCAGGGCAGUCAACACACUGGGAUGGCGAUGCUUUUGGCAGGAGCAGUCAGUCCACGGCUGGCAUGGAUUGACGAAAAGAUCGAGGCAUGCAUUCAGUUGUGUACAUCCGUGUGAGUGUGUCAGUCGCUCAGUCUUGAGCGAAGGAAGCCCUGGUGGUGCGUUACUUACGAUGGAUGGUACAUCCCCUACCUAGUCUUUGCUGCCUUCUCCCACACGGACAUAUCUAGGCCUUCUAUCUCUUACUUACGUACUCUGUCAGAUUGAGGAAUGGAUGGAUGGAUGGAUGUGUCUGCCUGCCUGCCGGCCUGCCUGCAUGUGUGUGUGUGUGCCGCUGCGUGCCGGUGACUUGCUCUCGUUGGUUCAUGGAGUGAGCGAAGCAGGUGGCUAGGGUAUUUGUACAACAAGAACAUCAUAUCACACACGUGUGUCCUUGAAGCCUUGAUGGCAUGGCAUACAGUGAGGGUCAGAUCUCGAUUGAAGAUACAAAC